CGUCAGCGCUCCGUCUAUAAAUAGCGCUGGAACUCGGUGUUCGGACAAAGCGCUCACAGCGACUUUAGACUUCAUGUAAUUCCUCGCUGACAGGGUGAGAAACCCGGACUUUCUGCUGAGGGUAGCCCCCUUAGAACCGAAUGAAGAAACAAAUCUUACUACUUUUCACAUACAGAGGACUAGUAAGAAAAGGGAAGAAGAGUAAAAGAAGAAAAUGGCCAAUUUUAUAUUACGGAAAGCCGAGCCCAAGGACGUGUCAGACAUACUGCGACUCAUAAAGGAACUUGCAAAGUUUGAGGAAAUGGAGGAACAGGUCGUCCUGACCGAGAAAGAGCUGCUCGAGGACGGCUUCGGAGAUCAUCCGUUUUAUCACUGCGUCGUCGCUGAAGUACCGAAAGAUAAACAGUCCAUUGAAGGUUAUACAGUAGUUGGCUUUGCUAUGUACUAUUUCACCUAUGACCCUUGGAUUGGGAAGCUGCUUUAUCUGGAGGACUUCUAUGUGAUGAAGGAGUUCAGAGGUAUGAAGACGGCAGUGAAGGCUCGAUGCAGCGGCAUGCACUUCAUCGUGGCCGAGUGGAACACGUCAUCCAUCGAGUUCUACAAGCGGCGCGGAGCGUCCGAUCUCUCGCACGAGGAGGGAUGGCGUCUGUACGAGAUUGACAAGCGCAACCUGCUCAAGAUGACAUCCAAGUAGACGCCGGUGCAGGAGUAAACGCUCAAAUAGAGGAGGAUUAUGAGCACAACUAUUGUUGUCUGCUUUGUUGAUUACACAUGCAAUGUAUUGUUCAAUAAAUAAAGCUUCUACUUUGA